CUUUGGACCUCGUCCUCAUAAUCGUCACCAAGCCCAGUUUCAUUAUAACAUCCGUCUCUCGUUCUCUAUCUCCCGUGUUCCACGCUGUCCUCGCACAAUGGCAAGCCAGUCCUACUACCAGCAGCCUCCUCCUCAAGGGUACCCACCUCAGGGCUAUCCACCACCACAGGGCUAUCCUCCUCAGGGACCUCCUCCUCAGAUGCAAUAUCCCCAGCAGCCACCACCCCCGCAAACUGUUAUCGUGCAGGAGAAGAAAGAUCGUGGAUGCCUCUAUGCCUGUCUCGCAACACUCUGCUGCUGUUUCCUAUGUGAAGAGACCUGCGAAUGUUGUGUUGAAUGCCUUGAUUGCUGCUUCUAAGCGCUCCUCUUCCCGAGUCGCAAAGUGGGAAAUCUCUUGCUGCGAAUAACUAAAACAAAAACCAGCUCCGAAAAUAAAAAUAAGGGCAAAAAAAAAAUUCUUGGACAUAUCAUUUUUCCCACUUUGCAUUAUCCCCUUCCCUUAUCAGCUGGCAUCUGCCGUAUGUUUAUGUUUUUAUGUUAUAACCACGCUGCACAUUUCCUUGUCUCCCGUAUUUGUUGCCUCUAAUCUCCUUCCAGCCAGUCUUGUUUACUUUUGCGAGGAUCAUACAGCCACCCUGCAUAGAUAACAUUCUUGCUAUGUCGUUCAUGUUGAUACUCCCAUGCUUGGUUAUUGCUUGCUAGGUUGUACAUGGCUUCGAUAGUUGUUCUUAAGAUAGGUACAUAUCGAGUUUGAGCUCUCACCUUUUCCC